AUGGCUCUUCGUUUAUUUCUGGCUCGACCCGUGCCUAUCAUCGCUACACUCGCAGCUGGCACAAUAGGAGUGGCUGUUUGUUCAAGAAUGAUGUCUGGAACAGCUUCUGCAGAGUCAAAUGCCCCCCAGAAGGUCUUCAAGGGUGGAUUUGCGGCUGUGAAGCUGCCUUUGCUCAAUUCGAAGGACGAGUCUCCUAAUACUAAGCGUUUGAGGUUUAAGCUGCCUCAAGAAACUGCCAUUACUGGACUUCCUUUAGCAUCUUCUUUGUUGGUUUUUACCCACCCUAAUGGAUCUUUCCUACCUGCACCUCGACCGUACUCCCCCAUCUCUCCAGCUGACGAGCCUGGAUACAUGGAACUACUUGUGAAGAAAUACCCCAACGGCAAAGGAAGCGGCUAUCUCCACUCCCUCAAACCAGGCGACAAGCUCUUCAUCCUCACCACUCUCUCGGAGUAUAAAUGGAAACCCAACAGCUACCCACACAUCUCCCUCAUCGCAGGUGGCUGCGGGAUAACGCCCAUCUUCCAGCUCGCACAGGGUAUCCUGCGCAACCCGGAGGACAAAACCCGCAUGACGCUCGUCUUCGGCGUAAACACCGACGACGACGUGCUCCUCCGGAAAGAGCUGGAUGGCUUCGCGAGGGAGUUCCCCGACAGGUUCCAGGUCAAGUACACAGUGAGCAAGCCCAAAGAGGGCUCGGAGAUGCGAAGGGGGAGGAUCGAUAGGGAGUUGCUGGAGCAGGUCUUGCCCAAGGGGAUGCAGGAUACAAAGGUCUUUGUGUGUGGACCUCUAGGGAUGGAGGAUGCGCUUGUUGGGAAACGGGGGGAGGGGGUUUUGGGACAGCUUGGCUUUACGAAGAACCAGAUUCACAAGUUCUAG